AUGUCUUUUUAUGAGCAAGCAGGCUCUAGCGCUGGAAUUGAUCAUCGACGGAAAUGGGACCAGGAAGAGUUUGCACGAAAGGCUGCUGAGCGGAUAAAAACAGAAAAGAAUGACGAAGCUAUACGCAAUGGUUUGAAGCCUAAAGAUGAGCCGAAGGUGAAAAGAGAAAUGCUGAAGGCGAGAGACUACAAGGUCGAUCUCGAAUCAAAGCUUGGCCGAUCUGUCGUUAUUAACAAGACAACACCAGCUGCUGAAACUGGUGGAUACUACUGUGAUGUUUGCGAUUGUGUUGUCAAGGAUUCUAUCAACUUCCUCGAUCACAUCAAUGGUAAAAAUCAUCAGAGGAACAUGGGUAUGUCGAUGAAGGUCAAGCGAAGUACCUUGGAGGAAGUCAGGGAGCGGUUCAAGCUGAAGAUGGCUGAGAAGGAGCAGGAGAAGAAGCAAAAGAAUAUGGAAGAGAUUUUGGGCGACGUGCACGAGGAGGAAAUAAGGAUGCAUGAUUAC